AUGUGAAACCCGUCCUCAUAACUAAAAGAAAUUUGUGUGACAAGGUUAAAAAAGAGUGAGUGUCUUUAUUUAGUACAACAGACAUCAUAGUAAAAUACUCUAGUAUUCUGUCAAGAGUAAUUUAAAAAUAAUACACAAUCUUUCAAAAAUGUAUUCUUAUAACUAUGAUACUGUAAAAGUAAUAACUUCAAUGGAUGAAAUGCAAGAAGCAUUUCAAUUAUUUGAUAUUCGAGGCGAUAACAAAAUACAUAUAUCACAAAUUGGCAAUGCUCUACGAGCAUUAGGUCAGAACCCAACUGAAUCUGAUGUCAAUAAAUUUACUCAACAACACAAAGCAGAUGAAAGAAUAACAUUUGAAGUAUUUCUACCAAUUUAUCAGGCAAUUUCAAAAAAUCGAUCAUCUAAUACUGCUGAAGAUUUCAACGAAGGAUUACGCCAUUUUGAUAAAGAUGGCAAUGGAUAUAUAUCAUCUGCAGAACUUCGGCAUCUUCUAACAAGUCUAGGUGAAAAAUUGACAGAUGAUGAAGUCGAACAAUUAUUGGCUGGACAAGAAGAUUCUCAAGGAAAUGUUCUUUAUGAAGAAUUUAUUAACAUGGUUAUGUCAGGUUAAUAUAUUAUAUUAUUAAAUAAUUGGAAAAAUUCUAAUAUAUUUUUCCACUUUACCAGUAUUUAAACAUUAACCAUUUUUAUACAUUGAAAAUCUAUAAAUUUAUUAAUAUACUUUUUUUAUAAUUCCAACACUAACAUUGCUAUUGUUUGUAAGUUAAAUAGUUAUUUUGUUAUUUGUAAUCACAUUCCAUAAAAACAAUAAUUUUUCCAAUCUAAUGAACCAAUAUGCAUUGGUAAAAUUGGAAUAUUUAUUUAUUUUAUAUAUUUAUUGAUUUUAUUUUUAGGAAAUUAUUUUUUAUUGUGUAUGUUUACUAAUCAAAAUAAAUAUUAAAUUUUAAUCAUGA